CAUCACCACCGACCACUGAAGGGGUCGGAUCGGCUCCAACAUCAAGGGGCUCGCAGUGUGAGACUAUCCGACGCCCGCAGCCAUGGAGGCAGCUCCCCUCACUCUGGCUCAUACCCACGCUCGAAAUGCAGUUCUCGAGACUCGCAAGUCCAACCCCGUCGCCGCGAGUGAGGAGCAUGAUCUAGCCGCAGGCGAGUUUGCAACUGCCGCUCAACACAGUUCCGAUCGCGAGGCCUUGCGGACACUGCAAUUACUCGAAACCCACCACAAGAAGCUGGCUCAGAUCUUGCGUUUCCAGCAUGAGCACCCUCCUACCGCUGCAUCUGCGGGUUCCAAUGCUCAAUCACCGGCCACGGAGUCAGGGACACGGACUCCAGAUUCUCAACAACAACCCCCGCGACUGUCCGGGAACCCUCGCCUGCCAUCACGGGAGACAUCCACUAUCGCCAGCAACCUGGCAUCAGCACGAGGCAUCCCAGCCCAGCCCCGCCGGUCCUCUCCCGCAUCGCCGACAAUCACAGCUCAGCAGGCAGGGGCAAAGAUGACCGAGGGACCGGCAAAGAUAAGGACCAGCGAGGCUCGACUCCGAGGGGCUCAGAUGCAAGGGAUGAAGGAGCGCGUGAGCCGCACAUCUACGUCAAAGCCGUCCUGGACUCCACCAGCAGCCAGCCCUACCGACAUCACGUCGCAGCAAUAUGCGCCUCUGGACCCCGGGGAGCCGACGCGCCACAAGAGCAGAGCCCCGCUCACGGAGGAGCCCUUCCAGAAGUUCUACUCGACCUUCGAAGGCCUCAUUUCCAAGAUCUCCGCACCCCUUGCAUUCGCAGGUCUCCCGCUAGGCACCGACACCUCCGACUCCUCCAGCCGCAAAACCGCCGCAGAUACUAAGACAGACCGAUACAACGCGGUGUCGGAUCGCGCCAACACCUCCGACCCAGACAUCAAGAAAAUCUUCUCCCGGGCCGCCCUGCAGGCAAUCAAAGACACGACCGGCGGAACCGGCAGCACGGCGGAGUCAUUCUACGUCGUGCCCACCACGGGCGGAACGGUGUCUUACGCCGGAAUCCUGACGCGCGCCGAAAAGGAAGCGCGAAGGAACAGCUUCGAGGACGGCGACGAGGACUUCGUGGAUGCACGGGAGACGCCCUCGUCUCCGGAAAUGCGCCAAAGCCUAUCCGGAGUGCAGGGCAAGGCGGGCCGCAGCGGGGACAAAUUCAACAGUCUCCAGAACCCGAAAACGAUGGAGGAACUGCAGAUGGAGAACCAGGCCCUGCGACAUCUGUCCGAUACGCUGAGCAAACGACUCCACAUGUGGGAGGUCAACGCGCAGUCAUCAUCCAUUGCCCUGCAGCAGUCCCUAAAGGCCAUGCACCAUCAGAACCCCCCCUCGGAGCAUCCCUCGGCUCUCAUGUCCCCGAUGGCGCCUGGUCCUGCAUCGCCACCGCCCGUGGAUGAUACACGCAUCAAAGAGCUCGAGGAGGCCAUCCGCCGCCGCGAGAUCGAGCUCAGCAAGGUCGGGCGCGAGAACGAUAAGCUGCGCGACGUGCUGGUCCGCUACCGCGAACGGUGGGAAAAGCUGAAGGAGGGCGCCAAAACCCGCCGUGCGGAGGGCAGGAGUAACUCCAGUGCGUCUGCCACGCCAACACUGGCCAGGAAACCCAGCACGCAGGUCGAUGCGGAGGAUGCGCAGUCCAGAGCGGAGGGGGGGGCUGAGAGUGAUAAAAAUGCUACCGAGGAGGGGAAGCCUGAAAGGCGGAUGCCUAGUACGUAGUCUGGUGGCUGCAUAGCAGGGUAUCUACAUAACAUGGCGGUCUGUAUAGCAGGUUCGCUGUUACAUGUCAUACCUGUUGUGACUUUGGCGUGACAAAAGAGAAGCGAUCUGGGGAGUUUUUGUCUUGUUUUUCCGGUCUUGAUUUUGUUUUUCUAUCCAGCUGAUAUGAUAUCCCAUGUCCUACUGCAACAGCUAGCACAUGAUUUGAGUUGUACCUGCAGGACUGUUAUGUAUCUACUAGUAUCCUAUCCUAUCCUAUCCUAU